GCAAAGCCUUACUCCGCAACAGAAGCUGGCUGCACUGGCAAUGAGAGGAGCCCCAACAUGGCAGCAGAGCGGGAAGUGCUCCCUACUCCAGCACACAGCGGCACCAAAAUGGGAGCUGUCAAGAUCCGGCACUUGGACUCUCAACCUGUCAGGGGACCUUGUGGAAGCCAUACUUAUGAGGACUGUCUCCCUGACAAGGCCUUCCAGGUAACAGCUGGGCACGGCUAUACGCAUCACUUUGCUGCUCCUGCAGCUUCUGCCUGGGCCCACACGCCUGAUGACUGCGGCACCG